AUGGACAUCACUGUUCUCCCCAACAAUAACCAUCCAGAGAAAUUCCUCCAGCUGGAUGUGGGGAUGCUACCAGCCACCCAUGGCAUGUUCCAGAUUGGCGCAGCACUUUCUGGCCAGAAGCAGUGGCAGAACAGAGUGUAUUCACAGAGAGAGCGGAGGGGGCUGAGAGGCGCAGAAGGUCAGCGGCCUCCAGUGGUCAGCUUGGAGUUCAGAGACCAUGAGCUGGAGCAGCACAUCACACCACUCACUCUGAAACCAAAGAUCAAAAAGAACCCCCUCUACAUGGACAUACGGACUGCUGAAGCUGAGGAGAACCACAGGACCAAACCCUCCUGGACCAUCGAGGACUAUGAUAGACACGCAAUGCAUGGCAACCUAGCAGAGUAUCUACAGGAAGACCCUAGGAAACUGAACUUUUGGCUGGAGGAUCUCUACACCCCGGGCUUUGACUCCCUGCUGAAGAAGAAAGAAGCAGAACUGAAAAGGAACAAAAUCUGUAAAAUAUUGACUUCGGUGAUUCUGUCUGUUUGCGUAGUUGUGAUCAUUAUCACGGUGCCAAUUGUGGUGACACAAAGAAAAAACUGA